UUUGACUGCAGGGAAGAGGUAGCUAUUAGAGAGCUUUUAACAGUAACAAAUGGUACACGGACUGGUGGCCCUGCCGAAGGGGCUCAUCUUCACAUCGUUGAUUUGUCUGAUGCUAGAUCUUCCUUAGAGCUAAUUAAGGAAGCAAAACGUAACGGCGAUAGCAUAACUGUUGAAACUUGCACCCACUAUUUAGCCUUUUCAGCUGAAGAGAUCCAAGAUGGAGAUACACGUUUUAAGUGUGCCCCGCCCAUUAGGAAUUCUGCAAAUAAGGAAACACUAUGGGAAGCUUUGAUGGGUGGACGUAUCAACUUGCUAUGCUCUGAUCAUUCACCGUCAGUACCAGAACUCAAACGCCUUGAUGAUGGUAACUUCUUGAAGGCAUGGGGUGGCAUAUCUUCUUUGCAGUUUGUUCUCCCUGUGACGUGGACCUAUGGCCGUAAGUAUGGAAUUACUUUGGAACAAUUAGCUUCAUGGUGGAGUGACAAGCCUACCAAACUUGUUGGCCUAGAUUUGAAGUUUGGAAGGAGUUAUAGUUGGAGAUUUAGACAAUGGCAGUCAAUUGGUACACAACAAUGGACAAAGAUGGCCUCUUCAGUUAACCAAUUUAAAUUAAUGUCACUCCUAGUAUCAGUUUCAUGAUUAUUGUGCGUAUAUGUAUGUGUUGUGCAUUGUGUUGCUUUAUAAUUGUUUUUGUAGUUAAUAGUUUUUACAUUACUAUUGUGUUAGUUUGAAUAUUUCUAUACUUACAGGUAUGUGUUCGGCUUUGGGAGCAAGACGGUAUAAACUCGGUAAAGAAGUAAUCUUCAAGUAAAGAACAUCUCCGCGGGUGAAGAAUUGGGGUACUUGAAUGAUAUGGCAGCCUAGUUUAGGAUUUCAUUUUUUGGAAAGGGAGAUUACAUUAGUGUUUUUCUAAUGAGUGUAAUUACUCUCACUCUUCAAUGUAGUUUGUGUUGGAAAAUUAUUUUCCAAUCUAUAUUGUAAUGAAUCUUCAUCUAAUGGUUGAAUUAUUUAUUUUACAUUGACAUCA